CGGAUUUGUGAGAUGUAACGCCGAUCUGCCUUAAGCGUUCCAACAGACCGCCAAUACCUAGCCAAUCGGGUAGCAAUACGUCUCAGCAAUGCCUCGGCGCUUAGCUGGUAUGCGGCUGUCACCUCCUCAUAUGCUCUCUACCUGCGAUUUUGCUGCCUGAAUCUCUUAUUAUCGUAUUGUCUACUAAAUGACGACGGACACCAUCGAUUUGGAUCGGGCCAUAUUAAGGGCUCUACCACCGGGAUGCCAGAUAUUGUCGGUCAGUCGGCAUGGCAAGACGCACUGGUCAACUGGGCUUAAAGUGGCUGUUAAAAUAAACGACAAAAAGCAAGAAUACUUCGUGAAGGUCGUCGAAGAGGAACGAUUCGUUGGUAUGUCCGAAGCAGAAUAUGAGGGACAAAAGGCUCUAGCGACUUAUAUUCCCGAUAAUGUUAUAACUCCGAUUGCUUGGGUGUUUCUUGAAGACGAUGUUUCCAAAUCCUUUUUCGUUACCCGAUUCCGCCACCUAGAAGCCUGCUCUCUUUCUAUCCCGCAAUUUCUGUCGGUCAUCGAGAAACUGCACCGAUCGUCCGUGUCACCUACUGGAAAGUUCGGCUUUCAUGUUACAACAUACUAUGGCCCUCCGCCGAUGAUCAACGAUUGGACUGAUAACUGGGAGGAAUACUUCAUACGACAAUUUUGGGCUAAUUUGGAAUACGCGCAGCGGGAACGGGGCGAAGAUCCCGAACUGCAGAGCCUGGCCGAGGAUUUCAUCGAAAAGGUGAUUCCAAGGCUACUAAGACCAUUGCAGACCGGCGGUAGAAGUAUCAAGCCGGCGUUAUGUCAUGGCGACCUUUGGGAUGGUAAUAUCCAGAUCGACGUCGAGACGAAGCAGCCGAUCAUGUUCGAUUCGUGCUGCUUUUAUGGACAUAAUGAAAUGGACCUCCAAUGUAUGGGCGAUCCUCGUUAUGCUCUGGGAAUGGAUUUCAUAGACUUGUAUAAAAAUGAAGUUGGACCUUCGGAGCCCCAACAGGACUUUUAUGAUCGUCACGACUUAUAUGCGAUACGCAAUAACAUAUGCGUGGCGGGAAUGUGGCCGCAGUGGGCACCAUUGCUAACAACGGCCAAAGACGAGAUGAGACGCCUUUUAUCUAAACAUCCUAUGGGUUUGGAUGGGUUUGAAGGUGAUCUGAGUACCUAGAAAGCUCCCUAGUUAGGGACCUAGUGGAUAGACAUACGAGAUGCUUGAUGCGGGCAUGGUGGCUUGCAUGAUGCUGUGUGAGCUUUCGUGUCCACCCGAGUGGAAUGAAGUGGGAUUGAUCUUGGAAAGCUCAAGUAUAUUACAAGACGAACUUGGAUUAUUUAUUUUAAGAUAUAUAAUAUUGGAUGGGUUUAUAUCAGGAAUAGUAUACUGUUGAGAUUGUUGUUUACUGUUAGAAUCCAGGGGUUGUUAGAAUGAAGGAAUUGCCUCGGUCCCGUUAUUUAGGAGCUUGCUUUUAGCGGAUUCUUUAGCCGUCUUUAGCGGGUCGUCGUAAUUAGUUGGCUGUGGCUGAGUCUGCAAUGUGCGUAGGUGGGUUCUGAUUCAAUACGAAUAGAGCACUAAUAGUUCAAAGCCUGGCGUUCGUUGUAGGGGUCCUAGUCGCCGUUGGGUUUGUUUGUUAAUCCACUGCGGGAUUGCGUAGGUACAUAUGUAGGUACCUAACUGCAGGUGGGUAUCUAGGAUAUCUAGGGCAGGUACGCUAGAACAAUGAAGAGUCAGGCGUGAUGGUUGAUCGUUAUGUAACCUGCACUACGGCGGUAUGUACGAGUAAACCC